UUGCAGGCAAAGCGUGUUAGCGUAAUACUAGCGGGCGUGGUUGGAAAUCGCAUUGCUGCACUUCUAUUAGAGCAGCUAUCUACUUCCUCGGAUAGCUCUCGUCUUAUUUUGGAAAGAUCCGAUAUUCCUCCAUACUAUAAAUGGAAAGAUGAAGCGACUGAAAAGAAAGAUUCUGUAGCUGGAAUGGCAUCGCCAAUGCUGGAAUCACCAAUUGGUGACCGCUUUGUCAGUGCUUCUGAGGAUGCUAGCAAGGAAGGUGUUCGUCUUCUCCCUAUGCCUGCUUAUGGAGGAUAUUACUCAAGACUCUGUACACAUUUACCGCCCACUACUCAGCCUGUGCAAUUUUUUACCAGGAGUCAGGUAGCGCUUCUUCUAAUUUGUGACAUCAUUCGUGCCUCUUCUGACGUGGACUGGACUGAAGCUACACCUCGUUUACUUCAUGCUGCUGUUCUGUCGUUGGAUUCACUACGUCCAGCGCUAUGUCGACACGCGAGACAAACAAUCAUCAAUUUGGCUCUUCUUCACGCAGAUCAAGCCACAUUGGCUCAUGUAUCUGGCAUGCUACUGAAGCAUCAAAUGUGUAGCUCGCCUUGUGACGAGUCAGGCUUCAAACUUCUGUCAUCAUCUUUUUGUGAAGCUGGAGCUGCUCGUGGAGUUUCACCAACUUUU